AGUUGAAUUUGGGAUCUUACUUAGAAAUUGUCGGCAUGGACUUCAACACGCCAUCCCUGGGUGCAUUUUAAGAAGAGGAGAGGUCUAUCCAUUCACAGAGAAAAGAAGAAGAGUUUAUCUGAUUAUACAUCUUCACCAAGAAUGGAAAAGUUUCAAAAGCAACUGAGCAUUACAAUGGGGGAGGAGAAGUCGUGCAAUAGUAUAGGAUCAGCGGUUCACGAGUCUGAUGUUGUGCAAGCAGUGGUCAGAAAGACACCUCCAGCUGACUACACAUUGAAGAUUGACUCAUUCGCUUUUCUUCUUGAAAUGCUCGAGAAAACAAAAGCAAAGAGUUAUAGUUCAAGGAUUUUUGAAGCUUCUGGUUAUGACUGGAAAUUACAUCUUUACCCACGAGGCGAUGAAAAGAGAAAUGGAGAGGGAUACAUAUCUUUUUACGUUGGUAUCCAAGGCAAUGCUACCCUUCCUCUUGGCUGGCAGAUCAAUGCAAACAUCAAGUUCUUUGUGUAUGAUCAGAUUCGAGACGAGUACUUGGUAUUUCAAGAUGCUAGCGAAGAAGCAAUAAGAUUCCAUGAAAUGAAGAAAGAAUGGGGCACUGCCCAAUUGCUGGAUCUCAAAAUUUUUCAUGAUGCCACAAACGGUUUCCUUCUUCAUGACAAAUGUGCAUUUGGGGUGGAGAUUUUGGCCAAAAGAUACUCCGGCAGAGGAGAGUGCUUGUCUCUGCCUGUGAACAUAUUCAGUACUUACACUUGGAAAGUGGUCAAAUACUCAAAGACUGGAAAUGUUAUAUACUCUGAUGUUUUUGUUAUGGGAAAUUUAAAAUGGAAGAUAAUGCUUUAUCCGAAUGGAGGCCAGAAUCAAGAAGGGAAAAACAUUUCCCUCUUUCUAGCGUCAGCUAUUGAAGACACUAAUUUCAGAAUAUUCGCAGAAUACAAAUUGUGCAUAAAGAACCAGAAAAAUGACAAAGAUUUGGAGCGUACAACUAAUCAUUUGUUCACUCAUACAAAAAAGGAUUGGGGUUGGUCUGCGUUUCACCCCCUGAUUGACAUUAAAGAUCCUUUCAAGGGCUACCUAUUGAAAGAUACUCUAAUUGUCAAAGUUGAAAUCACCCGUAUCUCAACUGCGAAAGAUUUCUCCUCAAAAUGAAAGGGCUGAUCAAACCACGUCUCCUGCAUAGUUGUAUGUUUUUUCUUAAUGGUUUGUCAUUAUGCACUCAAUCACAAGUCAAUGCUGAAAUGUUCUUCUCAACAUGGAAUGUGUACAUUGUCUUCCAUGAUUAUCCAACUUUGUUGUUUUAUUCCAUGUUAGUAUUUUCCAGAGAUGUUUUCUUGUUUCUGUUUUUUUCUUUUUUUACUUGUUUCUGUUUCGAUUAUCAAAUCUUUGUAAUUUCCAUAUUUCAAUUUUUCCAAAGAAUGGGUGCCGAGAACAAUGUAAAGAGAUAAGUAUUUGUUCCCCUUUGAUUUUGGAGCCAUAAUAA